CGUCCCACCUUUCCUAUCAACCCCACCAGCCUCUGGCACCAUGAAGUGGGUAACUUUCCUUCUCCUUCUCCUUUCCGUCUCCGGCUCUGCUUAUUCCAGGGGUGUGUUUCGUCGAGAUGCACACAAGAGUGAGAUUGCUCAUCGGUAUAAUGAUUUGGGAGAACAGUACUUCAAAGGCCUAGUCCUGAUUACCUUUGCUCAGUAUCUCCAGAAGUGCCCGUAUGAAGAACAUCUGAAAUUAGUGCACGAAGUCGCUGACUUUGCAAAAGCAUGUGUUGCUGACGAGUCAGCUCCCAACUGUGACAAAUCACUUCACACUCUGUUUGGAGACAAGUUAUGCGCCAUUCCAACUCUUCGUGAACACUAUGGUGAACUGGCUGACUGUUGUACCAAACAAGAACCUGAAAGAAAUGAAUGCUUCCUGAAACACAAAGAUGACAGCCCCAACCUGCCCCCAAUUGUGAGAGCUGAGGCUGAUGUUAUGUGUGCCUCCUUCCUGGAAAAUGAAUCCCAAUUUAUGGGACACUAUGUGCAUGAAGUUGCCAGAAGACAUCCUUACUUCUAUGCUCCAGAACUUCUUUUCUAUGCUGAGAAGUACCAAGAUGUCAUGACUAAAUGCUGCGCCGAGGCUGACAAAGCUGCCUGCAUAACACCAAAGCUUGAUGCUCUAAAGGAGAAAGCACUGACUUCAUCUGCUAAACAGAGGAUGAAGUGCUCCAGCCUCCAGAAAUUCGGAGAAAGAGCUUUCAAAGCAUGGACUGUAGCUCGGCUGAGCCAGAAAUUUCCCAAAGCUGACUUUACAGAAGUUACCAAGAUAGUAAACGACCUUACCAAAGUCACCAAGGAGUGCUGUCAUGGCGACCUGCUUGAAUGUGCAGAUGACAGGGCGGACCUUGCCAAGUACAUCUGUGAAAACCAUGCUUCAAUCUCCAGCAAACUGCAGGAAUGCUGUGAUAAGCCAGUGUUGCAGAAGUCCCAUUGCAUUGCUGAGUCAGAGAAUGAUGACAUGCCCGCCGACCUGGCUCCAUUGGCUGCUGAUUUUGUUGAGGACAAGGAAGUUUGCAAAAACUAUGCUGAGGCAAAAGAUGUCUUCCUGGGCUCAUUUUUGUAUGAAAAUUCAAGAAGACACCCUGAUUACUCUGUUGUCUUGUUGCUGAGACUUGCUAAGAAAUAUGAAAACACACUGGAAAAGUGCUGUGCGGAAGCUGAUCCUCAUGCGUGCUACAGCAAAGUGUUCGAUGAGUUCCAGCCUCUUGUAGAUGAGCCUAAAAAGUUAGUCAAAGAGAACUGUGAGCUUUUUGAGACGCUUGGAGAGUACAAAUUCCAAAAUGCGCUUUUAGUUCGUUACACCCAGAAAGCACCUCAGGUGUCAACUCCAACUCUUGUGGAAACUGCAAGACACUUAGGAAAAGUGGGCACCAAAUGUUGUUCACUUCCUGAAGCACAGAGAUUGCCUUGUGUUGAAGACUAUCUGGCUAUGAUCCUGAACCGUGUGUGUGUGCUGCAUGAGAAGACCCCAGUGAGUGAGCGAGUCACCCAGUGCUGCACUGGAUCUCUGGUGGAUAGGCGGCCAUGCUUUUCUGCUCUGUCAGUUGAUGAGGCAUAUGUCCCCAAAGAGUUCAAAGCUGAGACCUUCACCUUCCAUGCUGACACGUGCACACUUCCAGAGAAAGAGAAGCAGAUAAAGAAACAAUUUGCACUUGCUGAGCUGGUGAAGCACAAGCCCAAGGCUACAGAGGAGCAGCUUAAGAAAGUUAUGAAAGACUUCGCUGAUUUUCUGGAGAAGUGCUGCGCAGAGGCCGACAAGGAGGCCUGUUUUGCUACAGAAGGCCCAAAACUUGUUGCUUCAAGCCAAGCUGCUUUAGCUUAAAAACAUCGUAAUCAUAAGCAUCUCAGCCUACCCUGAGAAAAAGAGACAAGAAGACUCAGAACUUACUCAUCUUUCUUUUCUGUUGAUGUCAAAUCAACACUCUAAGGAACACAAAUUCGACUUCUUUUCUCUGUACUGCAGUUAAUAAAAACCGAAAAGAAUAUAA